AUGUUCCGCGGGAGUGUUCCGGAAACCGGCGACAAACCGAUUAAAAUUUCCGACGUGACGGCGGAAACAUUCGGCAACGUCUUGAGCUAUUUGUACACGGAUCGCACGGAUGAUUUGAAAAUGGAAAACGCGUUUGAAACUCUGUACUGCGCUGAAAAAUACGGGAUUCCAUCGUUGUUCAAUCACUGCUCCCAGUUUAUAGUCAGCCGGUUGGACAGUAGCAAUUGCUUGAUCAGUCUGGAAAAGGCACUGCGCUUCAGUGCCGACAGCGUGAUCAAGGGUUGCCUGGAAUUUAUCGAUGCCAACUGCAAAGCAGUGUUGGACACCCCACAGUUCCUAGCUGUCCAACACGAGAUCCUGGAGAAGAUUCUGCAACGCAAUACACUGGCUGUGGAUGAGAACACGGUGUACAAAGCGGUCGACAGAUGGGCGUCCAACGCAUGCGCCGAGGCCGGGAUCGACAGUUCCGCAGAGAACCGACGCCAGGUUUUGGGGGCGGCGCUGUACCUGGUGCGCUUUCCACUGCUGACGGAUGGGGAAAUCGCCAAUGGACCGCUAAAGGUUACUCAGAUUCGGCAUGGCCUAUUCUAUCAAAAUACGGCAUUGCUUUUAUGGACCUUGCAGAGCGGAUUGCUGUUAAAGGAAGAAUUCUGCGCCAUCUAUGAGUAUUUGUAUAAGCACGGCGCCGAUAAACCGCACAUUCCGUUCCCGGCUACGCCGCGUGUUCAUCUUUUGUCAGACUAUCCGGUGCGACAUGCCAGACCGCGACCCGGUGCACUUUUAAAUCCUCGUCGCCGAUGA